AUGGAUAACGCAUGGGCCAAAACGACAGAGGAAGUCUGUCAAUAUUUCGGUGUAGACGAAAAUAUAGGAUUAUCAGAUGAGCAAGUUAAAAGAAAUACAGAAAAAUAUGGACCAAACGAACUCCCAGCAGAAGAAGGGAAACCAUUAUGGGAGCUUAUACUGGAACAGUUUGAUGAUCUUCUAGUAAAAAUUUUACUACUGGCCGCUAUUAUUUCCUUUGUUUUAGCCUGGUUUGAAGAGAGCGACGAACAAGUGACGGCUUUCGUGGAGCCUUUUGUAAUUUUAACCAUCUUGAUAUUGAACGCUGUCGUGGGAGUCUGGCAGGAACGUAACGCCGAGAGCGCCAUCGAGGCCCUCAAGGAGUAUGAGCCCGAGAUCGCCAAGGUGAUCCGUGCCGGCAGCAAGAGUGUCCAGAAGAUUCGAGCCAGUCUUGUGGUUCCUGGAGACAUCGUGGAGGUGUCUGUCGGUGACAAGGUUCCUGCAGAUAUUCGAAUUCUCAAGAUCCAUUCCACCACACUUAGGGUAGACCAGGCCAUUCUUACUGGUGAGAGUGUCAGUGUUCUCAAACACACUGACGCCAUCCCCGACCCAAGAGCUGUCAACCAGGACAAGAAGAACCUCUUGUUUUCUGGAACCAACAUUGCCGCCGGAAAAUGUCGUGGCAUCGUCAUUGGAACUGGUCUUGCUACCGAGAUCG